ACCUGACGGACCGUUCUGCUCUCGUCUCGAUUGGUGUAGAUUGUGCAACCGGCCGUGCAAGAACAACAUCCGACUCUAUUUAUAGACCUCGCGUUGUGCAACAAAGUUAUAUAAACGAUAAACACCCGUAUAAACAUUAAACACGAACGCCGCAUUAUACGCAGUUUAAAUGAUCGUCAAACGAUGGACCUGGCUCUCUUCUACGUCGUUCUCUUCGCGGUGAUCUUCUACGUCGAAAGCGUGGCAGAGAUGAUGGGCAAAAGCAUCGUCGCAGUGCCGCCGGGGAACCUCACCGUCAUCGACCUGAACCUGGCUUACAACCAGGUGCGGCAUCUGCCCUCGUUCUAUUUUCGCGGCUACAGAAACCUCGAGAAGCUCGAGAUGGGGCACAACCUCGUGGCCGCAGUCGACGCCGUCGCCUUCAAGGGCUUAAAUCGGCUCAGAUCGAUCGACUUGUCCGGCAACAACGUGUCCAGGGUGGACUCCAGGGCGUUCAGGUACAACGUCAGGCUCACCAAACUCGACCUGAGCGACAACGUCCUCAGUUUCGACCCGGAAAAGCCGUUCCUCAGGUCGGCCAGCUUGGAGACGCUCGUCCUCAGCGGGAACCGUAUCAGCCACGUGUUCGACAUCAGUUUCGCGAGGCUGCCGGGUCUACGACACCUGAUGAUGGACCACAACGUUCUGUACUACGUCUCGGCCAACAGUUUCCGACCGCUCGGCCGUCUUCAGUACUUGUCGCUCGCCGACACCGGCGUCUACAAAUUGAACGGCGCCAUGUUCGGGGCGGUGCCCCGGGUCCUGGACCUCACCGACACGCCCGUGGCGAAGACGUUCGACCCGCCCUUGAGGAAGAUCAGGGAUCGCGCGGUCGGGAGGUUGCUCGCCAUAGACGACAUGGUGUGGACGUGAAGGCUUCGCCGACGUGUACAGUAUUAUUCGAAGACGACGUCCAGGUAUCGAGGUGCGGUCGCGGCUAUGCAAAACGGCGUUUGGUAUGCGCGGACGAUCUCGACGUGCAUCCUUUUCUGGGUAUCGGGUAUGCAAAGUGCGUCGACGCCGGUUUCCUGCGGGCUGGAGUUUUUUUUUUGGCGAGAGAACGAGGUCACGUGACGCGCGCCUGUGACAAGAAGGUGUUUGGAAUGGACAUUCUCGUGAUGCUUUAAGACUGCGAAGAGUGUGUUGUGUGCCUCUUUGGCCACUUUCGUAUAGCAAUAACGAAUUAUACGUAUGUUCACUGGCGGUUAUUUUGAGGGGAUUGCCUGAAACACCUCGCGAUGGACACUAGGAAUGAAAGGUGGCAUUUCUUUUGCCGCCCAAGGAACGUUUCGUGCUCGGAAGGUCGGAUACGCGCGAUUUCAAUUUAGUUUCGAUUUGUUAUCGGCGCUUAACUGUCACCUUCAACGAGAUUAGCGUUUAUUACGACGUUCCGAAUUCCCUUUACAGUACCUGAUAUUAGCUUUAGACGUUCGAUGUAAAUAACAAAUAAAUAGUACAAGUAAGCGUUUCAUUUUCGCUUCGCUCGCCGCUUUCCAACCGUCAAACCACCUGUUACGGGUCGAGGAAAGACACUCGGAUGCGCUC